GCUGCCCCCGCGUAGAGCGCCAUCCCCGCAGGGCGGCGCCGGCGCGUCGAGCCUCCCCAUGACGGGCCAGAUCGAGGGCGUGCAGUUCCGCAUCAACUACCGCGACAGCAACUCGAUGCUCUUCCUUCAGCUGGAGCCGGGCGCCGAGGUGAAGGCGAAGUCCGGCAGCAUGGUCGCAAUGGAUGCUACGGUCAAGAUCAAGGGAAAGCUCAAGUUCAGCGUGGCAAAGCUGCUCUCAGGUGAUAAAAUGUCAGAGUCGACGUUCACCGGUCCCGGCGAGGUUAUGAUCGCGCCCUCGACGUGGGGGGACAUCGUACCCAUCUACCUUGACGGCCAUACCCAGUGGAGCGUCGGAAAAGACGCCUACCUUGCGUGCACGAUCGGCGUUACACACAAAAACAAGUCCCAGGGUGUCGGGAAGGCGUUGUUGUCCGGGGAAUUUCUCUCCGCGUAUAACGUGAUCGGGGCCGGAAUAAUGUGGAUUACCAGUCUGGGGGCGAUCUACUCGCGGACCCUCCAACCUGGCGAGCAGUGGAUCGUGGACAAAGGUCACCUUGUCGCGUGGACGGCCACAUGUAAGGACGAGGACAUCGACGCAGGCGGGCUUUUCUCCAGCAUGAACACGGAUGAGGACUCUGUCUGCCGCUUCACCGGUCCUGGAAUUGUGUACAUCCAGACGAGGAACCCCGAGACCCUCGGAGGGUGGAUCAACGACCGGGUCAACCCUCCAGAUGUGUAUCACAAAGUCAACCGCGUUCUUGUAUCAGGGUCAUAAGCACUUCAGAAUCCUUAUCCACUUGACCAAAUGACUCCUUGUGGAUGGGGACCUUGAGAUAUCCUUGUAGUAGACAACGGUCACCUUGUUUUGCGCAAACGGCCGGGUAGUCAAGCGUGUUGAUAUCAGUAACUUGUUC